CGCCCAAUGAAGGCGCUACUUGCUCGCGCGCUGUCGGUUUUCGGGGUUUCUCCCCUUUUGUGCGUCAUUUAGAUUAUUGAUCUCUUUAUCUUUUAAGUUUCAUCUUCUUCUUUGUGGAUAGUUUUGAUUUCUUGGAUGCGGGCGCGCUUGAACCCGUGAAAGGCGAAACGACUCCGAAUUUAUACACAAAAUGUCGCGCUCGACGACGGACGCCGGCGCAACGGCGGAGGCCCCCUCGCUCCCAUGGAGGACUCUGUCCGCCACGACCAUGCUCGGGGUCGCAUCGCUGUGCCGGUCGUUUCUGUACGUGUGCAGCAAGCCAGAGGUGUACGGCUUGGAGCCAUUUUUGGAGUUACUCGAUUCGAGACGCGAUCCGGCCCAGAGGACAAGAGGGUUGUUAACAGUCUCGAACCAUACUAGCGUGAUGGAUGACCCGAUUAUGUGGGGGUUUCUGCCGAUGCGGUACUGGCUGAACCUUUCCUCGUCGAAUAAACGCUGGGGAUUUGGAAGCCACGAUAUCUGCUACCAGACCAGACCCCUGGCGCUGUUCUUUACAAUGGGCCAGGUCCUUCCCACCCAUCGACUCGCCCAUUCGCCACACGGUGGUCUGGCACAACCCGUUGUCACCCAGGCGAUCCGAUUGCUGUCGAAAGGCCCAUUCGCCGCCGACCCCCAUCUCGCCCGCCCCGAGCGGCAAUCGUGGAGCUUGCAGAAUGUCUGCGUCGACCCGUUCUCAGAUCUCCCGAUGGCGUUCACGACCGACGGUCACGAUUCCCACCUGUCCCCGUCCUCCUUCGCCUGUAACUCCCAUUCCUGGUUCCACAUCUUCCCCGAGGGCAUGAUCCACCAGGCGCCGAACAAGACGAUGCGAUAUUUCAAGUGGGGGGUCGCCCGGCUCAUCCUCGAAGCCAGUGAAUGUCCCGACGUUGUGCCCAUCUGGCUGGAGGGCUUCGACCAGGUCAUGCACGAGAGUCGCGAGUUCCCGCGCUUCCUGCCUCGGGUCGGCAAGGAGGUCAGCAUCACGUUCGGAAAGAAGGUGGAUACAGAAGCCGUCUUCGGCGAGUCGCGGAGGAAGUGGCAGCAGAUCAGGGCCAAGGCGGAGCGCAAAUCGCCCGACACCCGCGACCUCCCGCUCGGAGUGCUGAAUGACGAGCUCCUGUACGGGCCGGAGGCGGUCGAGCUGCGCAAGGAGGUGACCAUGAAGGUUCGGAACCUGGUUCUCGAGGUGCGGCGGUCUCGAGGCCACUCGGAUGAAGAUCCCAAGGCGGGUCUCGCGGAAACGUGGAUUCGAGAAGGUCCCAGUCGGGAGGGGAAGAAGUUGGAUGAGUCUUGGGUGCGCGAUCUCUGAAGCGUCUACAGCGACACGCCAAUGCCAUAUCCAGUGUAAAUUAGAGCAUAUUUGAUAGACGAGGGUGUACUGUACAGACUCACAAAAUGAAACCAUACUUAGC